CGUCAAUAGGUGGACCCCCUCCUGGAGAGAUAAAAACCGCCGGCGCCGGUGCUGCCAGUCCCUCUGGCUGAGACCUCGGCUCUGGAGUCCUGCUCAGCAUCCCCCUCCCCCCGAGCCGGAGCAUCCCCAGGUCGUGCCAGCCCCUCCCCACCCCCCAGGCAGCAUGGGCAAAGAGAAGACCCAUAUCAACAUAGUGGUCAUCGGCCACGUGGACUCAGGCAAGUCCACCACCACCGGCCACCUCAUCUACAAAUGCGGAGGCAUUGACAAGAGGACCAUCGAGAAGUUUGAGAAGGAGGCGGCUGAGAUGGGGAAGGGCUCCUUCAAGUACGCCUGGGUGCUGGACAAGCUGAAGGCUGAACGGGAGCGCGGCAUUACCAUCGACAUCUCCCUCUGGAAGUUCGAGACCACCAAGUACUACAUCACCAUCAUCGACGCCCCAGGCCACCGCGACUUCAUCAAGAACAUGAUCACAGGCACCUCCCAGGCGGACUGCGCUGUGCUGAUCGUGGCGGCGGGAGUGGGAGAGUUCGAGGCCGGCAUCUCCAAGAACGGGCAGACCCGGGAGCACGCACUGCUGGCCUACACGCUGGGCGUGAAGCAGCUGAUCGUGGGGGUCAACAAGAUGGACUCGACGGAGCCUGCCUACAGUGAGAAGCGCUACGAUGAGAUCGUCAAGGAGGUCAGCGCCUACAUCAAGAAGAUCGGCUACAACCCGGCCACCGUGCCCUUCGUGCCCAUCUCCGGCUGGCAUGGUGACAACAUGCUGGAGCCCUCGCCCAACAUGCCAUGGUUCAAGGGCUGGAAGGUGGAGCGGAAGGAAGGGAACGCCAGCGGUGUGUCCCUGCUGGAGGCCCUGGACACCAUCCUGCCCCCCACACGCCCCACGGACAAGCCCCUGCGCCUGCCACUGCAGGAUGUGUACAAGAUUGGCGGCAUUGGUACCGUGCCCGUGGGCCGGGUGGAGACGGGCAUCCUUCGGCCAGGCAUGGUGGUGACCUUUGCGCCAGUGAACAUCACCACGGAGGUGAAGUCAGUGGAGAUGCACCAUGAGGCACUGAGCGAGGCCCUGCCCGGCGACAACGUCGGCUUCAAUGUGAAGAAUGUAUCCGUCAAAGACAUCCGCCGGGGCAACGUGUGUGGGGACAGCAAGUCUGACCCACCCCAGGAGGCUGCCCAGUUCACCUCCCAGGUCAUCAUUCUGAACCACCCUGGGCAGAUCAGCGCCGGCUACUCACCGGUCAUUGACUGCCACACAGCCCACAUCGCCUGCAAGUUUGCCGAGCUGAAGGAGAAAAUUGACCGGCGUUCUGGCAAGAAGCUGGAGGACAACCCCAAGUCCCUGAAGUCCGGCGAUGCGGCCAUUGUAGAGAUGGUCCCAGGGAAGCCCAUGUGUGUGGAGAGCUUCUCCCAGUACCCUCCUCUCGGCCGCUUCGCCGUGCGCGACAUGCGGCCGGUGGCUGUGGGCGUCAUCAAGAACGUGGAGAAGAAGAGGCACCCUAGUGUGAGACCCCUGGGGCUGCGGCAGCAAAUGGACCUCAAGCUGGCAGCUUAA